GCGGCGGUUCAGCGGUCAGUACUUCACCUGAUCUAGAGCAGUGAACACCUGGCUAUCACUGCCUCACCCGACUAGUGUGUGUUCGUCCCGUUACUGCUCCUGGCGUCGCGCCCCUGUCUCUUGGUACUGGUCUCCUUGCCGCCUUCAGUACUGUGGCAACGUUACAAGUGAACAGGGAGGCUUUUUAAAGUUUAAUGUAGGUAGUGAUGGUAUAGUGGCGUGCGUUAUACAGUUCGCGGUUAAGAAUAAUUCUGCUCCGGAUUAAUCUAUAACGAAGAUUCUGAUUCUGUUAGAAAGGCGUGAGGCGUGUGACCGGCACUACAUCACCAUCCUCCUGCACCACCUCGGGUAGGAACAAUGGGCUGUAUCGAAUGGCAGCGCAAGUUUGACGCCUUCCUCAAUGGGUUGUUCAACAGGUUGGGUCGUAACAUUGCCAACCAUUAUGGCUACUUUAUCGUGGUGCCAGUCUUCAUAACUAUCGCCCUUGCCACGGGGUUCCAGAGAAUAUCUUACGAAGAUGACCCAGAGUACCUUUUCUCUCCCACCACGGGCUAUGCAAGGAGUGAAAGGGAAGUCAUUGAAGCAAACUUCUUCCUAAACUUCAGUUCAAGCUUCCACCCAUCCCGCCUGACUCGUUCUGGGCGUUUCGCCAGGUUAAUAAUUACAGCAAAGGACAAUGGGACCCUCUUACGAUCCCACGUAUGGGAUGAUAUUGUAAGUCUUGACAGAACGAUACACUCUCUGAAUAUCACGGUUGACGGUAACAAGUUGGCCCAGUAUGAAGACCUCUGUUCCAUUUGGGAUGGUAAAUGCCUUGAAAAUAAUGUCUUGCAUUUACAAAAUUCAAUGCCGUUUAUUGAAAAUGGCACCCUAGGGCUCUCGUUUCCCCUGAUGUUGGACCCAGUCACCUACGAGACCUACAUCUUCCCGUACUUCUUCGGUGGCACGGUCCUCGACGACGACAGUGUGAUAGAGAGCGUCCAGGCCCUCUCCGUCUACUACUGGCUCAGGACCAACACUCAAGAAGAGAAAGAAAAAGGGACACGAUGGGAAACUGCACUGCUGGAGGCUCUACAGGAUCGGGACUUUGGCAGCAUCGACGUGGCCAGGUUCGUAUCCCGCACGCUCGAGACUGAGCUGGAGAACAACACCAACUCGGUGGUACCGUACUUCGUGGUGACGAUCGUGAUCAUUGUGGUGUUCAGCGUGUGCUCCGUCAUGAUGAGCGACUGGGUGCGGACCAAGCCCUGGGUAGGCCUCGCCAGUGUCAUCUCCGCCGCCCUCUCCUGCUUCUCUGCCUUCGGCCUCCUCAUGUACCUCGGCCUCAAGUUCAUCGGCAUCAAUAUGGCGUCCCCCUUCCUCAUGUUGGGCAUUGGUAUAGACAACUCCUUCGUGAUGCUGGCGGCGUGGCGGCGCACACGGCUCCAGGACCCCGUGCCGGUGAGGAUGGCGGAGACCUUCUCAGAGGCCGCUGUUGGCAUCACCAUCACCUCCAUCACCGACAUAAUCUCCUUCUACACCGGCGUCGUUAGUCCAUUUCCCAGCGUCCAGAUCUUCUGUAUAUACACAGGCACGGCGGUGGCCUUCACCUACAUAUGGAAUAUAACUUUCUUCGGGGGUUGCCUGGCCUUGGCUGGCUACAUGGAGGCGGAUCAGCGCCAUGGCGUUACUUGCCAUAAAGUGAAGCCUAAUUCUGAAGCAGUGACUGCUGGGUGGUGGUACCGGACGUUCUGCACGGGUGGCAUCAAUAAAGAGGACCCCUGGAACACUGAAGACAACCAGAACCACUCCUUCAUGGUAUUCUUCAGGGAUGUUGUUGCUCGCCACCUCAACAGACCAGUUAUCAAAGGGGUUGUGUUGGCGGUGUUCGUGGUGUACAUGCUGGUGGCGUGCUGGGGCUGCACCAUGGUCAAGGAGGGCCUUGAGCGCCGCAAGCUCUCCCGUGAUGACUCUUACUCCGUCAACUUCUACAACCUUGAGGACAAGUACUUCAGGGAGUUCCCUUACAGGGUGCAGGUUGUAAUAACUGGUGAUGUGAACUACAGUAAUCCAGAGACUCAAAAAGACCUGUUGGAUCUUCACAAAAAAUUUGAAAGCUUACCGUACAGCGCUGGACCCCUCUACACAGAAUCCUGGCUCAGAGGAUGGCUUAGUUUCCUUAGAAUAAAUGAAGAUUAUUUGGGAGUAAAUAUCACGAGUGAAAAAGAUUUCUGCUCUGCUCUGAAAGAGACGUAUCUUGGUGGCCCAGCCAACGUUUAUGCCUUGGACGUUAAAUUUAACGAGGACAACAGCCGCAUCCUGGCAUCCAGGUUCAUCAUCCAGACUCACAACAUAAGAGAUGCUAAUGCUGAUAAAGACAUGAUGGAGGCAUUCCGGAAGGUGGCAUUUGAGUCUAAAUUUAAAGUUACCGUUUACAAUGUCUUUUUCAUCUACUUUGAUCAGUAUGUUCUGGUGAGGACCACAAGCAUUCAAGACAUCUGCAUCGCAGCUUUUAUAAUGCUGUUUAUCUCUCUAAUCUUCAUUCCAAAUCCUCUGUGCUCUAUAUGGGUUGCCUUCUCCAUUGCCUCGAUUGAAGUAGGUGUUGUGGGUUACAUGGCUUUGUGGGGUGUUAAUCUAGAUUCAAUUUCGAUGAUUAACCUAAUCAUGUGUAUUGGCUUCAGUGUUGACUUCACGGCUCACAUUUCCUAUGCCUACAUUGCAGCAAAGGUUAGAACUAGAGAGGAGCGUGUGCAAGAGUGCCUGUACUCCCUUGGUGUACCUAUAAUACAAGGUGGCCUCUCUACUAUCUUGGGUGUUGCUGCACUAAUCCUAGCUCCCUCCUACAUAUUCAUCACUUUCUUUAAGACUGUAUUCCUAGUUAUAGUUUUUGGAGUUCUCCAUGGUCUAUUUCUGUUGCCUGUGUUACUCUCUCUCCUUGGUCCUGGCACCUGUAAAAAAACAAAAGCUGAUGAUGAUACAUCCUCGUCACCAUCGACGACGGUUGAUACAUGCCAAGGUGAUCCCUCGGAGCCGCAGAUUCUCCAGCCACAACCUGUAACUAUAGUGAACCGUGACACUAUAGUCUACCAUGCGUCGAGUGAAAACAGCGAAGACGGGGGUGAUCGUAGCUCUACCAGUGGAGUGUCUCUAGAUUCAAGAUCGAGUAAGGACGAUAGAAGGUUAUGUGACGAAACGGACUCUAUACAAGUCCCUGAACAAAUUAAUGGUCUACCUAUCCUAGAGGUGUAUAGCAAUAUGGGUUAUGUAAGCGAUGACUUGGAUGGUGAAGAGGACGUACAGAGAAGUCAAUCGGAGGCUUCUGCUGGAAGAUAAAUUACUUUGGGAGGCCAGUAACAAAAUUCCCGCUACUCGAUGACUUGGCUCAGACAUGACUGACCAGGAAGAGUUUGCUCUAGUUUGGACGCGGCACAGAUUGUUAGUGUUCAAAUCCCUGGGGAGGAUGUAAUAAUUGCUGGUGUCGAUAUUGCACUAGUUGCUGUGCCAUAGCCAAGUGGUGUACAUGGAUUAGUGUGAAUGUACGUUUUAGUAUCCUAGUCCUGUGCAGUUAGCCUCGCACACCUGGUUUUAAACUAUAAUUUUUUUUUUUGUUUUAGAAAUUAGACCUCUAAGAUUGCAUUGUAAGUGAAAAAUAAGUAGCGCGAGUUGUUUAAACUUUGACUAAAUUAUUUUUAAAGUGUAGCCAUAAAAUUUCAUGCAUCUUGCUGAAGAUUAUCUACUAAUUUCUGUAAUUGGUUUUAAACUGCUAGUGGUUAACACUGUCUACCACAUUCUAUUUUUAUUGACCAUUCCCGGUUUGCAAGCUCUAUUCCCCGGCUGCAACAUAGAGGAUUUGAAACUGGCUUUUAGACUUGGUUUUUAUGGAUCUUGUGAAAUUGAAACAUUGCUCGUUUUUUAAGUGUAAGCUACUGUACGGGCAGUCUGCCUUCACUGUCUAGUGAACCGGACUUGUCAACUAAAUCUUAGCCAGAGGUUAAUGAAAUUGUGAAAUUACUUGGGUUUGUGAUAUUGUGCAAAUUGAAUUUUUAAAAGAUUUAUAUGUAGUUGUUAAGAAUGUAAUUUUAAAUGUAAAUGUUCCCUUAGUUCAGAUGGGAGCUCUGAAUGCAUGUAAGUUUUUAAUAAAAUAUA